AUGAUCCCAGUCGUGGACGGAGGCCGGGAGGAUCAAGAACCGUCUCAGACCCGCGUCGACUCGGCAGCAAAAAGCGGCGCCCUCCCGUCCGACCGCCUAGAAGCCUUCCUCCGAGAGCCCGCCAGAGAGGGCAAUAUCCUCAUCAUACUACCGGACUGCACGCCCAGCGUCAAGAUCAACCGCAAGGAGAAGAGGGUCUCAGUGCGUGAGAAGGUCAGGGCCUUUGAUCAGCAAUACCGACAGUAG